AUGUCCGCCCGGACACCGCGAGCGAGACUCAGCGGCGCCGACGCGGUUCGCGUCCUCUGGGUGUGCGACGUUCAGGAAAAGUUUGCAGGCGCAGUCAAGUCAUUCGACCGCGUCGCCCUGGGCGCGUCCACGCUCGUUCGCGGAUUGCCGAUGGUGCACGACAAAAAUGUCUUCAUGGUCAGUGAACAAGUCCCGGAUAAGUUAGGGCCGACGGUGGAACCGAUCAAGCGAGCGAUGGUUGACGCGAAGGAGAACGAGAGCGCGGACGUCUUCACUCGCGUGUACGCGAAGACGAGGUUCAGUAUGUGGAAGAGCGAUAACGAGGCGUUCCUGCGCGGGUGUUACGAUCAAGACGUGAGAUUCCAGCACGUGAUCGUGGGGUUGGAGGCGCACGUGUGCGUUUUACAGACGGUUUUGGAUAUAUUGCGAGACAGACCGAGCGACGACGUCUUCGUGUGCGUGGACGCCGUGUCGAGCAUUCGAUUGGAGGAUCGAGCGGUGGCGCUGCGGCGCAUGGAGCGCGCGGGGGCAAUCUUGACGUGUACGGAGAGCGUGUUAUUCGAGGUCAUGGAGGACGCGACUCACCCGAGGUUUCGCGACGUGUCAAAGCUCGUGCGAGAGGCGGCGAGGUUCGCGUCGCAACUCACGUCGAGCCCGUUGCCUAGCAUUUAA